AUGGCCCGGUUCGAUGAUUAUGUACCGCAUGAGCUGGAUGAGGUGGAAUGGUAUACGCGGCGCUUACAGCAAGCUAAGGAGAGGAGCGCGUACGGGGCCGCCAGAGAAACAGUCAUUAAUGAUACUAACGCAAAGCAACAAGUACUGGAAGAUGAGGAGCGAGCCGCUCGCGGUGCGCGGGAGGACUUAGGCAAGGAGCGCGAAAAGCAACAUGAGCAGCAAUCCAACCUUCUGAAUCGGCUUGAGGAUUCAGACAGUCGCCAGGAGGUCCUCCAUCGCAAGAGAGGCGAGGUGCGGGACCUGUGUGACGUGCUCUUGAUCCAGAUGAGCAAGACUGCAGAUGGUGGACGACUCAACGAGGAAGCUACACGCAGACUGCUGGAGCAACGCCGAGACCUGACACAAGACUUGCUGCGCAUCAUAGUGGAGACCUGUCAGAAAGCACUGAAUCCUCAUCCGCACUUGCGACCGAGCCCACUACUUUUGGAGGACCAGGGCUAUCGCGUCCAGUGUAUUCCUCCAGCGCAAUACCACUAG